CGCCGGCGCUCGGGGCUGACGGUUCCGGGCGCCGCACGGUCCCCCCCCCCCCUCGUCCCCACCCCUCCCUGGCUCCCGCAGGUCCCGGAGCUGCCCGCUUCCCGCAUGGCCUCCGUCCGGGAUGACCCGAUUCUGGAACGUUAUUUUAAAGGCCACAAAGCUGCGAUCACUUCCGUGGACUUCAGCCCCAACAGCAAACAACUUGCCACUGCCUCUUGGGACACCUUUCUUAUGCUAUGGAGUUUGAAGCCAAACACUAGAACUUACAGAUAUGUGGGCCACAAGGACGUUGUGACCAGCGUGCAGUUUUCUCCACAAGGAAACUUACUAGCCUCUGCUUCACGAGACAGAACUGUUAGGCUCUGGGUUCCUGAUAGGAGAGGGAAGUCCUCUGAAUUUAAGGGACACACGGCUCCAGUUCGCAGUGUGGACUUCUCGGCUGAUGGCCAGCUUCUGGUCACAGCUUCUGAAGACAAAUCCAUUAAAGUAUGGAACGUGUUCCGCCAGCGCUUCCUCUACUCUCUGUACCGGCACACACACUGGGUCCGCAGCGCCAAAUUCUCACCCGACGGAAGGUUAAUCGUGUCAUGUAGUGAGGAUAAAACUAUUAAAAUCUGGGAUACCACCAGCAAGCAAUGUGUCAAUAACUUCUCGGAUUCUGUAGGGUUUGCGAAUUUUGUGGACUUUAACCCUAAUGGUACAUGCAUAGCUUCGGCAGGUUCUGAUCAUACGGUGAAAAUCUGGGAUAUACGAGUGAACAAAUUACUCCAGCACUACCAAGUCCACAGCUGCGGCGUGAACUGUCUAUCAUUCCAUCCUUCGGGUAACAUCCUGGUCACGGCCUCUUCUGAUGGAACACUCAAGAUCCUGGAUCUCCUAGAGGGAAGGCUCAUAUACACACUUCAAGGGCAUACGGGUCCUGUCUUUACUGUCACAUUUUCAAAGGAUGGAGAGCUCUUUACGUCAGGAGGUGCGGAUGCCCAGGUCUUGCUGUGGAGGGCCAACUUCAGUCAGUUGCACUGUAAAGAUCCUAAUAAAAGAAACCUCAAAAGAUUGCAUUUCGAGUCCUCCCCACACCUUCUUGACAUCUAUCCGCGAUCACCGCAUCCCCAUGAAGAGAAGAGGGAGAUCAUUGAAAUUAAUCCAAAACUUGAGGUGAUGGAUUUGCAGAGUUCCUCUCCCCCUGUCGUGGAUGUUCUUUCUUUCGAUUCUACCACAACCACAGAUUCUGCUAGCCGAGCCGUAGCAGAGAAGGGCGAAGACCUGUGUGGGUAUUUCCUGAACCCUUCCUUAAUGCCAGAGCGCUCAUCAACCACUGUGAAGAAGAAAGCAGACUUAAGUGACCUCCCCUUGGAGAGCCAAAGAAGCGUGCCGCUCGCCGUGACUGACGCUCUAGAGCACAUUAUGGAGCAACUCAACGUCCUAACGCAGACUGUUUCAAUUCUGGAGCAGCGACUGACUUUGACAGAAGAUAAGCUGACAGGCUGCCUUGAGAAUCAGCAAAAGCUUUUCAAUGUCAUCCAGCAGAGAACUUGACUGAGAAAGUGUGUGAGCACAAGCCAAUAAAGGAAGACCUGUUCAGAUGCUCAGGCAGGUGUAGCCAAGGCGGUCCACCCCCACCAUGCGCUCAUUACCACAGCUUCUUCAGAGAUCGAGCAACGGAACCACAGGUUGACGUCAUUUUUGAGAACUAACUUAAACACAUUUAUCAGUGUCAAGGAUCAAUUUAAGCGCCUCCCAUUUAUAAUUGCAGAAAUGAAAUUAUAAGCAUUUAAAUCCCCCCCCCAUAUUAUUUGAAAUGUCAGUUUUUAUUCAAAGUGCAAAUCCCCACCGGGAAAGUAACCAGACCUCUAGAUUUCAUUGUUAAAUCAUUUCGAUUGACCAUGUUCAAGCAAUCCCUGAAGGUAAUUCAUGUAUUUCUUAGAUGAACACACCCUUGAUGCGAAAUAAUUUACUUCCUUCCAGGUAGCAUCUCAGAGAAUACGUUAUUGAGCUGGCUCAUAUUUCUUUCAGGUCAGAAAAACUACCCCCUUAUUAUCAGUGCCUUGGAAAGAGGCUCCCAGAGAAUUUUCCACAGCAAGAAUAAGCUUAAUUAGCAACAGCCACAGAAGGCGAGUUCUCCUUGUUUGCCGGCCGCGAGAACCCAUGCAGCCUGAGUCACAACUGCGGCCUGAGCAAACACACUGCGUCCUACUGAGCUCUGUGUUCAGAGUUCGCAGAGAUUAUGUUUGUAUGAUCUCAGUGUGCCCAAAAGCCAGAACGAUGAAAAUAUAUACUGAUGUAGAUACAAAUGAAUCACGUAUGUUAUCUAUCGCUUAGGGCGAUGUUGGCGGCUGAAUCAGCAUAUUUUUAUUUUGAAAAAAAUCUGCAUCUUCUAUUUUAUUUUAAUGAAUUGUGAUUUGAAGUGAAAGGGAGGCAGGCAUUCCACACGAUCUUGGUCACAAGUGAAGCAUAUUUAUCUUCAAAUGGAAAUCAAAGUCGAAAAGAGGAGGCUUUGGGCCUGGAGAACAAAGGUCAUACGCCUCUGUGGGGGCCAAAGGCUAUCUACGGCCUGCAAAUGAAGAGAAAAUGAAGGCCUGGCAGGGUGGGAACUGAGAAUUCCCUCCACUAGUUCCAUCUAUGUACCCAUGAGCUGGGCUUAUCUUCUGUCUCGCUGCGUGUUGUAAAUGCCUUUUCCGUCCUGUGAGUGUGACUGUCUAGACAUUUUUACAAGCUCACAAAACUAAGAGGCCCUGGACUUUUAUACCUUCAUUGAGAAGACAACAUAAAAAAUGAAAUGUAAUACCAACUUUUGUUUACUCUUUUUUAUGCUUCAAACAAUAAAGACAGUUCUCUUAAAAAUGA